AUGAACUACGACAGGUCAGAACACGAGAUGGUCACCAAGACGGGGGACUCCACGGGCCGCCUCAUGAUGUACGAUCCACGAACAUCGGACGCCAGUGUGCUCCAACCAAGGAUGACAUACCCGAACGGUGUCGCGCUCAGCGUUGACCGCACGCACCUCGUGGUCGCAUCUACUGGCCCGUGUAAGCUGCUGAGGCACUGGAUCAAAGGGGUCGACGCGGGCAAGUCCGAGCCUUUUGCCGACCUGCCGGGUUACCCAGAUAACGUGAGGCCUGACAGGAAAGGUGGCUACUGGGUGGCAUUGCAUCGUGAGAGAAAUGAGUUGCCCUUUGGUCGUGAUAGCCAUCUUCUUGCUGUGAGGGUCGCUGCUGAUGGGAAGAUAGUCGAGGAGAUGAGAGGACCAAAGAAAGUUAGGCCAACCGCGAUCAUGGAAAGAGAUGACGGCAAACUCUACUUGGGCUCGGUGGAGCUUCCUUAUGUCGGUGUAGUAAAAAGGAAGUAG